AUGCCUAAUAACAAUCAACCUACUAUAAAUCGGCUUUCUCUCUCUUCUCCCCGAAAAGAGCGAAAUCUGAGUGCCUUCUCGAUCGCGCUCCGGCGUCGCACCCGACGUCGGAAUUCCCCAAAUUCCCCUUCUCUAGGCCCGCCUCUCAUGGGGCAGAAAAAGCCACCCAAAAAAUCCUCUCCCCCAAAGAAGCUCCCUUCGCCUAAACCAGCCAAAUCUAAAAUCCCACCUCCAUCAAACCCCCAUGUUGAAUCUAAGAUUCUCCUUCCGUUGUCGAUCCCAGCUGCCGGAAAUGAAACUCCAUCAUCUCCGCCUGCAAUUGAUGCCCAAAUCUCUGUUUCAAAGACAGACAAGCCCAUCAAAUCUAACCUAAAUCUAGCUUCCACCAAAGAAGUCCCAGAUCUAGCUCAAAAUGCCGCUUCUGUGGAUGCCGUGAAAACGGCAGUAUCAGGACCGGAAACAUCGUCCGUCGUUUGUGAAGGCCCCCUGGAGACUAACACACAUACAACCCCUCCUGCGAAAGCUGUGACUACGGCUGACCCAGAUUCGUGGUGUGAUCUAGUCAAAGGAACUUCAAAGCGCUUGGAGAAGAAAGGUGAAGCUUUCAUUCUUCCUUCCGGUGAAGCUUGUGUCAAGAUCCCAAACAGUGUCAUAGAGAAAAACAGGAAAUCAUGGGAUUGUUUUGUCCUGGGGCAGUUUUACUCCGAUCCUCCAACACAAGGUCUGUUGCACAAUAUUGUUAAUGGUAUUUGGAGCAAGCAUUACAGGGAUAUUUCGGUGUCCAAGAUGGAUGGAUACGCCUUUCUAUUCCGGAUUCCAAAUGCUUCCACCAGACAUCGUGUCAUAAACCAGCGUUUGUGGCAAAUUGAGGGGCAAACUAUGUUUGUGGCUAAGUGGGAACCAGGCCUGACUCCUGCUAAACCAGAGCUAACCUCUGCUCCGAUAUGGCUUGAACUGAGGGAUGUGCCAUUACAAUUCUUCAAUGACGAUGGCUUAGAACGCAUCGCCAGUCUCGUUGGCAAUCCCAAAUUCCUCCACCAUCAAACUGCAAACAAGACCAAUUUGGAGGUGGCAAAGGUUUUUACACUUAUCGACCCGAGGAAGCCACUGCCAGAAGUUGUGAACGCCCAGUUUGACUCAGGUGAAAUCUGUAGGGUCCGGGUUUCAAGCCCAUGGAUGCCUCCAAUUUGUGAGCACUGUAAGGAGAUUGGCCAUAACAUAAAGAGGUGCAAAGCGGCACCGAUAUUAUGUUUGGACUGCAAAUCAACAGCACAUACAACUGAAAAGUGUCCUAGGAAAGGAAAAGAUAUACAGAAUCGUAGAAACCGACCCGAUGAUCCCGGAAAAGGGCAGCGAGAAGGUAAAGAAAUAUGGAUAGAAAUUUCACUUCGGGAUAAGGUGAAAGCUAAGCCGCCCACGGGAAUCACCAUCGGCUCUCCCUCUGCAAGUAUAAAGGAUCACCAAAAGGCCGAGAAGCCGGUUGAAAGUUUGGUGAAGUCUGGAAAUUCCUCACAAGUCUCAGAGGCUGAGGAGGAUUCCUCUGAUGUUUCAUCUGCUGGAACGCUGGAGGAAUAUGACUACGAUUCGCCGGGAGCCUAUGUGAAGGUGCAAACAAUGAAAGAUAAGAAAGGGAUGAGGGGCAAGGGCCCCAAACCCCAAUAA